AGCACUCGCAGCGCAACCGAACAGUUGAGAAGUGAGCGCCUCAGAAACAGCCAAAGACAAGGAACCAGGAGGACAACCAGAACCCAGAAAGGAACGUCAACAGCUCAAGGAUGUCUGUGGAAACGGUGCAGGAGACGCUGCAACAGGCGGCGAAGUCGAGCGGCGGCUUCUCGCCCAUAUUGACGGGCUUGCUGGGCACGAUCAUUGUGAUGGCCCUGUACGAGUACUGGCAUCGGAAUACCAGGGAAUACCGCAUGGUGGCCAAUAUACCGUCGCCGCCGUCGCUGCCGCUGAUCGGCAUGGCCCACUUGGCCGCCGGCCUGAGCAACGCUGAGAUUCUGUCCGUCGGCCUGGGCUACCUGAACAAGUAUGGCGAGACGAUGAAGGGUUGGCUGGGCAACGUACUGCUCGUCUUCCUCACCAAUCCCAAUGACAUCGAGCUGAUCCUGAGCGGACACCAGCACUUGACCAAGGCCGAGGAAUAUAGAUACUUUAAGCCCUGGUUCGGUGAUGGUCUGCUGAUUAGCAACGGUCACCAUUGGCGCCAUCAUCGCAAGAUGAUAGCCCCCACCUUCCAUCAGAGCAUCCUGAAGAGCUUCGUGCCCACGUUCGUCGCCCACUCGAAGGCGGUGUCCGCCCGCAUGGCCAAGGAGGCGGGCAAGUCGUUCGACGUGCACGACUACAUGUCCCAGACGACGGUCGACAUUCUGCUGACGACAGCGAUGGGCGUCAAGAAGCUGCCCGAGGGCAACAAGAGUUUCGAGUAUGCCCAGGCCGUGGUCGACAUGUGCGACAUUAUCCACACGCGUCAGGUGAAGCUGCUCUAUCGCCUCGACUCGAUCUACAAGUUCACGAAGCUGCGCGAGAAGGGCGAUCGCAUGAUGAACAUCAUUCUGGGCAUGACGCGCAAGGUGGUCAAGGAUCGCAACGAGAACUACUCGCCCGAGUCGCGGGCCAUCAUCGAGGAUGUCGCCGAGCCGACGCCCGCCAAGCAGACGACCAAGACGGAGGGACUGCGCGAUGAUCUCGAUGACAUCGAUGAGAACGAUGUGGGCGCCAAGCGUCGCCUGGCCCUGCUCGAUGCGAUGGUGGAAAUGGCCAAGAAUCCGGACAUCGAAUGGAACGAGAAGGACAUCAUGGACGAGGUGAACACGAUCAUGUUCGAGGGGCACGACACCACCUCGGCGGGCUCCAGCUUUGCGCUCUGCAUGAUGGGCAUACACAAGGAUGUCCAGGAGCGUGUCUUUGCCGAACAGAAGGCCAUCUUCGGUGACAAUAUGCUGCGCGACUGCACCUUCGCCGACACCAUGGAGAUGAAGUAUCUGGAGCGUGUCAUUCUCGAAACGCUGCGCAUGUAUCCGCCAGUGCCGUUGAUUGCCCGACGCCUCGAUCACGAUGUGAAGCUCGCGAGCGGCCCGUACACGGUGCCCAAGGGCACUACAUGCGUUGUACUCCAGUACUGUGUGCAUCGUCGUCCCGACAUCUAUGAGAAUCCAACGAAGUUCGAUCCCGACAACUUCCUGCCGGAGCGGGCCGCCAAGCGGCACUACUACAGCUUCAUUCCGUUCAGCGCCGGACCGCGCAGCUGUGUCGGUCGCAAGUACGCCAUGCUGAAGCUGAAGGUCCUGCUCUCGACCAUCGUCCGCAACUUCAUCAUCCACUCGACCGACACGGAGGCCGACUUCAAGCUGCAGGCGGACAUCAUUCUGAAGCUGGAGAACGGCUUCAAUAUUUCGCUGGAGCCACGCCAAUAUCCGACAGCUGCGUAGAUACGAUACGAUGAUUACUUCGAACCGAUGGAACCCGACGCACCCUAACUUCUAUAUCUAUAUGCAAAUAUAUAUAUAUGUAUGUUUCUCCCAACUCCAACACAGCCUCAGAGACAAUGAGUUAAGCGCUAUUGAAAA